UUUUUUAUUUUAUAUUAAAUUAUUUUAAGUGACGUGUAGAGAUGUGGAGGUCAGUGUAUCAAAAUUCGUUUGUUAAAACCCUCUCCUAAACAAAGAAGAGAAACAGGAACACAAGCUCAGAGCUCAAAGCUCUUACAGAAAAUGUCGAGGAAGUUCUGGACCCCUCUCUACACGACUCUGCGCCGGACCCUUCCUUCGAAACACCCUUAUUUGCCUGCCAAUUCCGCUUUCAAAUUCCCGUCUCCCACUUAUUUUUUGUCACCCCCGUCUCCUUCAAGUUCACCUAAUUCCCCAUUUUCUUCAGGCUAUGAUUUUUACUCUCUCCAGAAUCCAAAGUUUCCCGUAAGAAUUUUCUGUUUCUCCACGGGAGCUGAGGAGCAGUCCAGCGCUAGAUGCUGGAGUUGUGGCGCUGUGGCCAUAGCGGCGCCGUUUCUGGUCUGCGAGACGUGUCGGAGCGUUCAGCCCAUGGAUCAUUCUCUAGACUACUUCCAGAUCUUCGGGCUAGAAAAGAAGUAUGAUAUUGAGGUCCAGAAUCUGGAGGGUAAGUACAAAGACUGGCAGAAAAAAUUGCAUCCUGAUCUAGUGCACUCAAAAUCUCCGAGAGAAAGAGGGUAUGCUGCUGAACAGUCUGCUCGGGUAAUUGAUGCGUAUCGCACGCUUAGCAAGCCAUUGUUGAGGGCGAUAUACAUUCUGAGGCUUGAAGGUGUAGAUGUUGAUGAAGAAGAAACACUUACAGAUCCGGAGUUACUUUCUGAGAUUUUGGAAAUCAGGGAAGCUGUUGAAGAGGCAGCUGAUCCUCUGGCGUUAAAUGAGAUCAAGUCUCAGAUGAACGAGAAGCUUAAUCAUUGGUCUAACUCUUUUACAACUGCAUUUCGAUGUCGAAAGUUUGAAGAAGCUGUAAAUUCUAUCCGAAGAAUGACUUACUAUGAACGUGUAACUGAAGAAAUCGUGAAGAAACUCUAAUAUAGGUGCUCAACACAUAUAUUUUGGCCAAUUCUUUCAUAAUAUAGGAUAUGAGUUUUGGAAUAAUCUUAUAGGCGAAAAGAUAUCAGGUUCUUUUUA